AUGGUGCAGUUCAAACUAUUACACCGCGGCCUAGUCCGCAAAGUGACGUUCAAGAAUGUGGAGCAGCCUUCGUGGCAUGAACUGUCGUGGAAGAUCGGGGACGUAUGCCAGAUCCCGCACGCAGCGGUCGCAUUGACCUAUCUCGACCCGGACGGAGACAAGAUCACGAUCUCGUCCCAGCCCGAGCUCAUGGAAUACUACUACGCCCUCGAGGAAGACGAUUUCGACCCGUCCUCGACGCCCCACAAGUUUAUCGUCCGGAACUUGAGCGAAGGUAUUCCGGACGAUUCGGUCUCGGACCCGCGGGAGGAUAUGUUCCUCACUCGGGAUCUGCAGACCGUGGCCGCGAGCACAGUCGGCGGCGGCUCUCAGUGGGGCCUUACGCCCGAGGACGAGGCCGAGCGGGAUCCGACCAAGCUGCGGCUCUCGGGCUACUCGACCUUUGCGGAUGCGUUGAGUCCGCUCGCCAGGUCGGCGGGAGGCACGGAUUUGGAAGAUGCGUCGUCCCCUGAAAAGGAGGAUCUCCCAGGCGGGUUUAAGCCUUCUCCGAGUCCGCAGCCGAUGCUUGGUGGGGGGAAUGAAUCUUCUCCUACUCCUGCCCCUGCCCCUGCUGCUUCUGCUCCACCACCUCCACCUCCACCGCCUCCUCCGCCUAUUCCCGAGCCCACGAAACCCAUCCCAACUUCGAAUACAAGCUCGCGUUUGGACCCCGAUUCGAAUCCAUGGGCGAAUGAUGGAAAUGUGACCAAGACCCCAGCAUGGGCUGCGAGUACGACUCCUACCUCUACGGCCAAGGCUCCAGCAUUACCUUGGGCCCCACCUUCCCAUGUUGCCACUGGUACACUCAAGGGUCCCUCGCGUGGACCUCCCCCACAACAGCAACAACAACAGACUCAAUCCAAGCUGGUCCCUCCUCCAGUGGCCGCAACGGUCCACAUGGACUCGAUGGUCGCUGAUCGCGCGACAACUUAUGAAGGCUCUCCUGCUGUACUGGCUACCGUUCCUCGCGGGCGAAGGCACAAGAAGAAACUCGAGAAGGCUGCUAAGGAGGAAGAAGCUCGUCGUGCUGCCGAGGCGGCGAAUCCGACCGGGUCCAAGUUUGAAGAAAUGGAGCUCAAGGCGAUGGAGCGCGAAGCUGCUCGAGAGCGGGACGAAAGCGCUCGUGCGUCGGCCGAGGCUGCCACCCGUGCGGCGGUCGAGGAACAGCGCCGACAGGAGCAGCAUGAAUGGGAUCGCGAGCGCGAGCGUCUGGAGAGGAUCAAGAUCGAUGAACGGACGCAACCUCAUCAGACGCAUCAGCGUGGCGUGUCAGACUUGUCGCAUUCGUCCGAGUGGGAGCAUGUCCAGGACCAGACGGCCGACCAGGAGGAUGAGCAAUCGUACAGGGAUCGAAUCGAAGCUGCCAGGGCGAAUGUGUUUGGCACGUCCCCAUCUAAUGCCCCCACAAUUCGUCAGCGUAAAUCAUCGACAAGGAGCAAGGACAAGACCGGCAAAUCGUCUCGUCCAAACUCCAAGAUUUAUCCUCCUACCCCGGCACCUAAGAAGUUUUUCGAUUCGGAUUUGGUCUCUGAGAAUGGCCAGAACGGAGCGAGCGGUAGUGCACCCGCCACGCCUGGCAUUCCUGCGCCUCCUAGCACAGCUCAAGUUUGCAGCGACGUUGCUGAUCUGCUGGUCUCAUUUGGUCGGAUUUUAGACAACGAACGUGAACUUCUUGACGCGAUUCGUGAGACGUUCUCAAGUGGUCCUCAUCCGGGGGCGCUCAGUUCUACUUUCCACAACCGCCGCCUUUCCCCCGAAAUGCUCCGGAUAGUCACUUCGGUUGAUGACCUUCUCACCAAGAUCCUUCCAUCCCGCCCGGCACCAUCUCCUCAUGAGAAUAUUAGUAUGGCACUUGAGCCGCGUGUACCAACGCCUUCUGUGACCCCUACUCCUACCAUUCCAGCUGAUCCCGAAUUCAGCGUUCCCAAGAGUGAAUUCGCGACCAGCUUUGAAUUCGCCAAUCGCGGCAGGCAACAAGGCGCGCCGAUUAUCAAUGUGCCACGCCCCAAGUAUCCGGCUUCGAGCUUGACGCGCGAGGGCUAUUCGACUGGAACGACUCCGCCUUCACAGACAUCAUACGGCUUUGGGACCUCGUCUUAUCCUAGCAACACCUCGCCCGACAAGUCUUCGCACGCCAGGUCUCGUUCGCGUCCCCCUCCUGGUGAUUUCGAAAUCGUGCCGCCAUCUUUCCUCCCGCCUCAAGCUCGUGUGGUUCCUCCGCCUGUAGUUCCCGGCGAGGAAACGGAUGGCAGUCCGAUGACUCCAGACCCAAGCCGUGGAUUCGCGAGGCACGGUGGACAUGAAGGCGGCCUGGUGCUCGCCAGUCAGAGCCAGCGGUCGACGGAUACGACCAAGGCCGAUAUGGAUAGGCAACUCUACAAGUCUCAACGAGAAUUAUACAAACUUGAGAGGGCAGAGCGGAAGAAGGAAAUGGAAGAACGUGCGGCAGCCAAGGCAGAACGCAAGAGGGCCAAAGCAGCGGCCAGCAGCGACCCUAAGAUUGCUGAUUUGACGAGCCAACUCCAGGGCCUUGUUCCUCCGCGCCCUCACGAGGCGGAACGUCAGUACAUUGAAAAUCCAUAUGAUAAUGGGCCACGUACUGCCGGGCCGUAUCCCGGAUCGCAAGCAAGUACCGUCUAUGCGGAGGGCCUUGGUCAAGUGACGCUUGUACCUCCUCCGGGAUUCCCAGGAUCGAAUUCUGCGGUUACUGCACCCGUCUCCCCUGUACACGAGGAUCCCUCGGCACAGUCGUUCGAUCGAGCCAGGCGAAGACGACAGUCCCUUACUGGUGGUGUUAGUCCUGAGCGAUACUCCCAUUCUCGUCCGCCGCCCUCGAAUUCUACCCGCACUGAAACGUAUCACGGUUUGCAACCCGAUGCUUAUCCGGGUGCAGCUCACCACUCCUCACAAUAUGCACCUCAGCCACUACAGCAAGAUUUGGCUAAACGAGUGGCCUUGAGAUUAACCGAGAUGGGCUACACCCCGCAGAAAUACCCUACACUGCCGUCGAUUGUCGGUCACCGCAUUCGACCACUGAUGAAUACACCUGGCGUUAACGAGAACGAGCUUGCAUACCACAUUGUACGGGAUCUAUUCAAGUACUCUGGCCACGGCCAAACUUAG